AUGGCGUUUGAAAUCAAGACAAAGAGUAUAACCGAAGAUACAAUUUACUACUCCCAAGCCUUACACAACCUACAUUCACAAGUUCUUGACAUGAACUCAUUGCGAAAGACUUGGCAGCAGCAGUGGGUGGACAUCGUUAGGGAAAAGCUGAAUUUAACUCAUUGUACAGAUAGUGUGCACAUCUUGAUGAUUGGCGCAGGCAAUGGAUACAAAGACUGUCAGAUUGUAGACUAUAUUGCACAAAAAAACCCAAGUGUGCAUUGUGAAGUUGUAGAGCCUGAUAGCAAUCAGAUGAAGUCGUUUCGGGAAAAGGCGUCGAAAAUAACUGCGUUAUAUCCGGCUAUUAGUUUUGAAUAUCACGCCAAGACGUACCAGGAGUAUCGAAAUGCUCUUCAAUUUGAAGUGGAUGCCAGGCGAGCGCCAUCUUUCCAUUUGAUCACGUGUUCACACACACUGCAUUAUAUCGAUAACUGGCCACGUGCAUUAGAUGAGAUGUUUGGUCUACUAAAGUGUAAUGGUUUGCUUGCGAUUACACAGGCCACAGCCAAUGGCACCUUUGGUAGAGUUGUAGACAUGUAUCGAAAACAAGUCAACGAUAAACUCGAUCCAGAUCAUCAUCUGACAUCCGAUGCUGUGUUCAAUCACCUUAAGGAGAUAGGGGCUCAUUUGGAAAGAUGUCCGCGCAGCUUUAAGGUUGACGUCACUGAUAUCUUUGAUGAAUCCUCUGAGAUAGGCAACAUGUUAUUAGAUUUUAUAUUGCAGCGGAAAGACGUACGGUCAACUGUGCCCCGCGUUGUAAUGGAUGAAAUGCUACGUUUUAUGAAAAACGAGAGUGAAAUGUAUAACAGGAGAUCCUUCUGCACCGAAAAAGAAGAGGAUAUCAUUUUGAUUAAAUCGUAG